AAACCUGCUUACAAUAAUCCAUGCCGGACCGGAGUACAGAUCUAACUUUUUAUUAUUAUUAAUCUUUGUCACAUAAAGCAAAAGGAUGGGAUUAGAUGUAGUGAGCUAUUUUGAGGGAGACUGAAGGGGGUAGGGGAAGCAGGCAUGUGGAUGAGUGGGGGAGACACCAAACUCAUCAAUUAACCCUCUUUGAAAUUAUUUGUAAAGCAAAAUAAAAAGGGCAGAACCAGUUACUCCCCCCAGUCUUUUUUCCUCACUCUUUUUUUUUUCACUUCUUACAUUUUGCUUCGUACAGUAAUGCAUUUUGUUGUUUUUGGGCGACAGAAAGGAAAACCCCAAAAGCUUAAGCUUACCCUUAAGUUUCUACACAGCCUUGCCUUAGUUUCCCUUUGAAGAAACCAAAGAUGCCCAGACCAGGUCCAAGGCCUUAUGUCUUUGAGAAAAAAUCUUGGCACAGUGAUGGACACCAACCCAUCAGAGGUUCUCUUGUUCAAGAAAUUUUCAGAGUUGUAAAUGAGAUUCAUAGCUCAGCAACUAAGAAGAACAAGGAAUGGCAAGAGAAGCUCCCUGUUGUUGUCUUGAAAGCUGAAGAAAUUAUGUAUUCCAAAGCAAAUUCUGAGGCUGAGUACAUGGACCUUAAAACUCUCAGGGAUCGAACAAAUGAUGCCAUUAACACAAUCAUUAGACGAAAUGAGAGUACUGAAACUGGAAAGGUUCUUCAACCUUGUAUUGAAGCUGCUCUCAAUUUGGGUUGCACAGCGAGGAGAACCUCGAGGAACCAACGAAAUUGUAGCCCAAGGUGUUACCUUAACCCAAGUACUCAAGAAACAGAGAAUACCACUCAAAGAAAUCCCAUGACCAACCCACAUUGCUUGGCUAGCUAUUCUGGCUUUGAAUCUGAGAAACACACUGGCUGGAACGGCUAUUUCACUGCUAACAAGUUUCAUAUUGCAUCUGAGAAUGAUUCUCUUCCUAUUAAUAAAAAAUGCUUACCCUUACAAAAGUAUUCAGUUUAUCCUCUUUACUAUGGUAACGAUCUUAAAACCGAAGAACUGGAGCAUGGUUUUGGGAUCAUCCAUAAGAUGAUUUCUGAUACAGUAGAGCCUGCUAAGAUGGUUGCCAUUCAUAAGCUCCUUUCUUUGGAUGUGGAGUCUUCAAAUGGGAUGAACCAAAUAGAUGCUAGAAAUACUUGUAAUAACCCACACCACAAAAGUGCCUGUGAUCUAUCGUUGCGGUUGGGCCCUCUUUCAACACCUUGCCUGAGUGUUGGAAACGAUCGGCCAGCAAUUGAUAAAAGUUUGCCUUCCUUUCAUAGGAGGAACAGAAAUGACCCCUUGAACUUAUCUUCAAAUUCGAACAACCAGAGCGUUGAAGGGGAACAUAUGUAUGUGGAUGCAUCAAUGAGAAAGAGAAAGACAGUUAAUGAUCCUACAAUGGAUUGACAACUUUGUUUGUCCUCCGAAGCUUUUCCUUACAGCCAUUCAACUGGAAGCCUGAAAAGUGCAGGAUCCUAGACUCAGCCCCUUUAGACCAUUGACAUGAACUUGGUGAGUUUGUGCGGCUGUUUGUUUGUCUUUUGUAGUGUUUCCGUAGUAAUUAAAAUGUUGCAAGAAUGAGAGUAAAUAAUUGAGUAGGUUUCAGUCUAAAUGUGGCAAUCAACAACGAACUAAGGGGACAGACCCUUGAUCCGCAAUGUAUAAAGAAUAUUCUCCUUUACAUGUUGCUGCUUGUACAACUUAUAACUUAGGGUUGAAAA